AUGAGCAACAGGUCCAGGAAGGCUUCUGAUCCGGAAAACCCGGAAAAAAAUCCCAAGAAAAAAAGACCCGAAACCAUGAACGAGAGAUUUUUCGGGGAUCCGGGCCCAGGCCGCAGGAUCCGUGAGAUUUUGGUCUCGGAAAGAAUUCAGAAAGAUGAGCAACAGGUCCAGGAAGGCUUCUGAUCCGGAAAACCCGGAAAAAAAUCCCAAGAAAAAGACCCGAAACCAUGAACGAGAGAUUUUUUUCGGGGAUCAGGGCCCGAGCCGCAGGAUCCGUGAGAUUUUUGGUCUCGGAAAGAAUUCAGAAAGAUGAGCAACAGGUCCAGGAAGGCUUCUGAUCCGGAAAACCCGGAAAAAAAUCCCAAGAAAAAAAGACCCGAAACCAUGAACGAGAGAUUUUUCGGGGAUCCGGGCCCAGGCCGCAGGGAUCCGUGAGAUUUUGGUCUCGGAAAGAAUUCAGAAAGAUGAGCAACAGGUCCAGGAAGGCUUCUGAUCCGGAAAACCCGGAAAAAUCCCAAGAAAAAGACCCGAAACCAUGAACGAGAGAUUUUUCGGGGAUCCGGGCCCGAGCCGCAGGGAUCCGUGAGAUUUUGGUCUCGGGAAAGAAUUCAGAAAGAUGAGCAACAGGUCCAGGAAGGCUUCUGAUCCGGAAAAACCCGGAAAAAAAUCCCAAGAAAAAGACCCGAAACCAUGAACGAGAGAUUUUUUUCAGGGGAUCCGGGCCCGGGCCGCAGGGAUCCGUGAGAUUUUGGUCUCGGAAAGAAUUCAGAAAGAUGAGCAACAGGUCCAGGAAGGCUUCUGA